GCGGGCGCACGUCGACAGUUAACGGGAAAACCUUUUCAGUUUGCCGCCAACACGAGCGAACAGUUUGAAAAGUUUAAACGCAGACUUGAAAAACGAAAAAAACAAAAAAGUGACAAAUUAGGAAUAAAAAAGAAUAAAUACUUUUAUUGAGUAAUGUUUGCUCCUCGAAAUUGAGGCACAAUGAAUUGCCGCGCCAAUUUAAUCAUAAUUGGAGUUAUUUUCCGAAUAACAACCGUAUCACCGAUAACCGAAAUAGACUCCGAUGAAGCAGUGCUGCACUUGAUCGGUGAGCCAGAUUUUCGCGACGUCCGUCUUCGUUGGGAGUAUGGGAAGAUUGACGACGACAAGAGUCUGACGCUGUUGGCGUUUCAAGUACACUAUUGUGAGCUACAGGCAUGGGGGCAAUAUCGCUGUAGGACAAAGGUGAUUGACGAUUUGGAGGUGGAUAAGUUUGAGCCGACUAGUACGGCGGCGCCAGUGGUGGCGCAGCCGACUGUUUCUCGCCGCUCACGCACUUACAGCGCGCGCAUCACCGGCCUGCGCAUGGCCACUACCUACUCCUUUGAAGUACGCCCUGUGCGUAGAGACGCUCGCGACCUCGCAGACCCACAGUCCAUCGGAUCGAAAAUCAUCAUAGUGCCGACCAAGGGAUUUUCGGCUCGCGCUACACAAUGUUUGCCGCACGCCAGCGAAGUGGAAGUUUCCACGGGGCCCCAUUUCGGCGGGCGGAUAGCCGUCGAGGCGGCGGACGGCGGGCCCGAGCGUUGUUCGCUGCAGGGCAAUCCCAAUAGCGCGCAGGACGCGUAUAUUCUGCGCAUACACCACCAGGAGUGCGGCUCCGAGGUCAACGACACCACCGUCGCCACAUACGUCAUCGUGCAGGAGAACCUGCCCAUACUCACGCAUAGCACUCGCCGGUUUUUGGUGCUCUGCACUUACAAACCCGAGACGCUGACUGUGAGGGCGGGCAUCAACCUGCCUAAAGCCAACCCAGGCGACGUCCUUCACCAUAUGCGGCCUGUUGGUUCCGUGGAGCCCUACGACAACCAAGACCUAGACUACAACGAACUGCAGCCGGCCAGGUUGGAGGCGCGCAAAGAGGAAACCCAGCAAAGUGUUUUUGGCGAAAUAAUGUUGGUGAUGUUCUUGGUAGUCGCCGCAUUCGGCGGCAUUGCCCUACUGAUCUGGAAGAUGGUCCCGCAAGCGGAUAAAGACAAUAUCUCUAUAGCGACCAUGUCCUCUCUGUCUCGUAGCAGCAUAUUCAGUCGGCGAAACAGAGACAGAUUCUCUGACCAAAGCUCCGUCUAUUCCAUAACUUUGUCUGAGAAGGAUGACCCUAUUAAGAAACCGAACGAGGGCGAUAACACUUCGGAAGCGUGAAUGUGCGUUAGACUAGCGAAGUAUUUUAAUGCUACGGUUUUACCUAGGUGCACACAAUAAUGCACAUGUGGUCACGUGGAUUAAAUAAAAUCCGAUGUCUUUUGACAAUUGGCGAUAGCUGACAGUUUUACAGCUUAUUAAAAAAGAGGUACAUAUUCACCAGUGGUGUGCACAUAGCUUCCCGCCAAAGGGUGUUAGACCGCUAGCUUUAUGAAAGCUAAAGAUAAAUUGUACUUUAAGUCAAGAAAUACUCUAAAAUUUAAGGAGACAAAAACAUCAGAAUUG